GGCUCCCCCGGGCGGGCGCAAGGCGGGCGGGGCGGCCCCGGGAGCGCGGCCUUCGCUGGGCAGAGGGCGCACCAGUGGCAAAGGGCCCCCUCAACCCCCAAUCCCCUUUCAAGGCAUAUACGCAAACAUGCGAAUGGUUCACAUACUCACGUCCGUUGUCGGAUCAAAAUGUGAAGUACAGGUGAAAAAUGGAAGUAUAUAUGAAGGAGUUUUUAAAACUUACAGCUCUAAGUGUGAUUUGGUGCUCGACGCGGCCCAUCAAAAGACAACAGAAUCCAGUUUGGGUCCGAAACAGGAAGACAUCAUAGAGAGCAUUCUCUUCAAAUCCUCAGAUUUUGUUAUGGUGCACUUUAAGGACAUGGAUUCCAGCUAUGCCCAGAGAGACGCUUUUACCGAUUCUGCCAUCAGUGCUAAAGUGAACGGUGAGCACAAGGAGAAGGACCUGGAGCCCUGGGACGGAGGAGAAGGCGCCUCUGCAGAGGAUCUGGAGGCUCUAGAAACGGAUGUUUCGAACGGAUGGGAUCCCAACGACAUGUUUCGCUACAACGAAGAAAACUAUGGGGUGGUAUCGACCUACGACAGCAGUUUGACUUCCUACACGGUGCCCCUGGAAAGAGAUAAUUCCGAAGAUUAUUUAAAACGGGAAGCGAGAGCGACCCAAUUAGCAGAAGAAAUCGAAUCCAGCGCCCAAUACAAGGCUCGGGCGGCUUUGGAGAACGAUGACCGGUCAGAGGAAGAAAAAUACACCGCAGUUCAGCGAAAUGCUGCCGAACGAGAGGGAUCCCUGGCAGCCCCCAGGGAGAACAAGUACAUCCCACCCAGCCAGCGCAAUCGAGACGCUCUCCCUUGGGGCGCCGGAAGGCAGAACUCCCCCAGGGCUGGACCAUCUGGAUCGGGCCCCUCCAUGCCCAGACCCGGCUCUCAUGCGCCAGACUACAGCCUCAACUCGGGCACCGACCAGAGAAUCGUGAAUGGAGGUGUUCCCUGGCCCUGUCCAUCUCCUUCCUCUCGCCCUCCUCGCUACCAGUCAGCUCCCACCACUCUUCCACCACGGGCAGCCACCCCUACGAGGCCGCCCGCCAGGCCCCCCUCGCGGUCCUCCAGGCCCCCGCCUCACCCCUCUGACCAUGGCUCUCCAGCUCCCGUCGCUACACUGCCUAAACGCAUUUCUUCAGAAGGACCCCCCCGGAUGUCUCCCAAGGCGCAGCGGCACCCGCGAGGCCACCGAGUCCCGGCGGGGAGAGGCGUCAUCUCCAGCGGCUUAGAAUUCGUCUCCCACAAUGUGCCGGGCGAAGCCAGCUCCUCCUCUUCUUCCUCCUCCUCUUCCUCCUCGGCCCGAGGCGGCUCUUCAGGUGGGACGUGGUCCUCGGUGGUCAUGGGGGUCACCAGGUCGUCCCCCAAGGCGCACAGACCCCGGUCUCCGAGGCAGAGCAGCGGGGGAGGGGUCCCUCCCGGCCCGGCCUUGUCUUCCCCCCAAGCUGGCUCCACCCCGGCCGAAUUUGCAGCCAGCCCGGUGCCAGCGGCUUCACCCACCCCUGCCAGUCCUGCCACCCACAGGGCAGGAACCCCAUCGGCCGAAGCAAAAGACUCCCGGCUGUAUGAGCCGAGGCAGGGCGGCUCCUCCCCUGCUGCAGCCAAGGAACAUCUCAAGCCCACUGAAGCUUCUCCCAAUUUUAGCAAGCCGGAAGGCAAAGGAGUUUCUCCGGCGGUUCUAGAACACAGAAAACAGAUCGACGAUUUGAAGAAAUUCAAGAACGACUUUAGGUUACAAUCCAGUUCCAACCCUGAAAUGGUGGAGCAGCUACUGAGUAAAAACCGGGAGGGCGAAAAAGUCCGGGAGGCCCCCAAGGAGAAGGUGGACCCCAGCCCUAAAGACUCGGCGGCCGAGCCGGGCAGCAGCGUGGCCCCCUUAGCCGGCGGGAGCAACGCCCAGAACAGCCCCAGUGUUUCGCCCGCCAGCAGCCUGGCCGAGCCGAAGGCUGCGCCGGAGGUGACCUCCCAGGGGGUGCAGACCUUGGGCCCCGGGGCCAAGCAGGAGAAGGAGGACAAGGACGAGAAGAAGGAUGCCACCGAACAAGUCAGAAAAUCCACGUUGAAUCCCCAUGCGAAGGAGUUCAACCCCCGGUCUUUUGCCCAGCCCAAACCUUCCACCACACCAACUUCGCCCCGUCCACAAGCCCAGCCCAGCCCCUCUAUGGUGGGCCACCAGCAGCCUGCUCCGCUCUACACGCAGCCCGUGUGCUUCGCCCCCAACAUGAUGUACCCGGUUCCGGUCAGCCCAGGCGUCCAGCCCUUGUAUCCCAUCCCCAUGACUCCCAUGCCGGUCAACCAGGCCAAGACCUACCGAGCAGGUAAAGUGGCCAACAUGCCUCAGCAGCGACAAGAGCCUCACCCGCACAACCCUCUGAUGCACCCGGCCUCGGCCGCGGGGGCCCCCAUGGUCGCCACGCCGCCGGCCUACUCGGCCCAGUACGUCACCUACAGCCCCCAGCAGUUCCCCAGCCAGCCUCUGGUGCAGCACCUGCCCCAUUACCAGUCUCAGCACCCCCACGUCUACAGCCCUGUCAUUCCGGGCAACGCUCGGAUGAUGGCGCCGCCCGCCCAUCCACAGCCGGGCCUCGUUUCUUCUCCAGCCACCCAGUACGGGGCCCACGAACAGACGCAUGCGAUGUAUGCAUGUCCCAAAAUUCCCUACAGCAAGGAGACAGGCCCUUCUUUCUACUUUGCCAUUUCCACCGGUUCUCUCGCUCAGCAGUACGCCCACCCCAGCGCCACCCUGCACCCCCACAGCCCCCACCCGCAGCAGUCGGCCACCCCCACAGGGCAGCAACAGACGCAGCAUGGGGGGAAUCACCCAGCCCCCAGCCCCGUGCAGGCCCACCAGCACCAGGCGGCCCAGGCCCUCCACCUGAGCAACGCCCAGCAGCAGUCGGCCCUCUACCACACCGGCCUGGCCCCGACGCCUCCCUCCAUGACGCCCGGCUCCAGUGCCCAGUCUCCGCAGAGCAGCUUCCCCACCGCCCAGCAGACCGUCUUCGCCAUCCAUCCGUCCCACGUGCAGCCGGCCUACACCAAUCCCCCCCACAUGGCCCACGUGCCCCAGGCCCAUGUGCAGUCAGGCAUGGCCCCUUCCCACCCGCCUGCCCAUGCUCCAGUGAUGCUCAUGACGACGCAGCCGCCGCCCGGUGGACCCCAGGCCAUCGCCCAGAGCGCACUGCAGCACAUUCCAGUGUCGACCGCCACCCACUUCCCCUAUAUGACACACCCUUCAGUUCCUACUCACCAUCAACAACAGUUGUAAAGCCGGAGUAACUGAGGCUGGAUCCCUCUUUUUGUUUUUUUUUUCUUUUAAAAAAAAAAAAGGCCAAAUACCUUCCUUCCUUUCUUCUCCUGCUUCAUCCAACUUGGAAGCAUACAGAAACAGAAGCAAAAAAACGAAACAAAAAUCAACAAAAAAACCCUUAGUAUUUCACUUCUUUUUAAGGGGAGAGCAAAACAAAAACAAAAAAAUACUCUUCCUAAAGAAACGCCCAGGUGUGUCCCAUCCGGUAGGAAGGCUACAAAAGCAUUCCCAAAUUUUCCGUGGGAGAAAUUUGGGGCAGAGGCAAAGGCCUCUCUCCCUCCGGGGGACGAUUCCAGGAUUCCAGGGGUUUGCGUCAAAAUAAACUAAAAACCACCCUUCCCCCCACCCCCCACCCCAGUUCGCUUGCAGAAAAAGGAAAAGGAAAAAAAACUGGAAAAGCUAUUUAUUUUUUAAAAACAGCCCUUCGGAGUUCCCGAUUCCUGAGCUUUUAAGAAGAACAGGAACGGGAAUGGUGAGUCUCGCCGCUUGUUCUCACUAAAAAAUAAUAAUAAUAAUAGCAAAUAGAAUUAUGGGGAAAAAAAUCAAGACUCUUAAAAAUCCCUUUUGCCGCUAACUAAACUUUAAAAAAAAGAGGUUUUGUGGGGAGGGGGGGGGUGGAAAGAAAUUGGUCAAAUGGAUAUGGAUUUAUUAUUUAUAAAAAAAU